CUAUAACAGCUCAAAGGUUAACUGGAUAUUCUGGAACAUAACUGACAAGUCAGCAAAGCGAAGCUACUGGCGACACUAUUUGUCCAUAUCAUCUCUGCACAAACAAGCACACAGGUCUAUAACAUGUUUAGUGAUCCCGUGAAAGACCUCCCUGUCACAGCUGAUGCAAUGAGAGUCACAUGCUAGCUGAACAAGCAGACCGCUGGUCAUGGCCAGAUCCAUAUGUUCAGAGUUGAGAGGGUGUCCCCGUGUCCCCCCAGCUGGAGGAACCGGAAGUAGAUCGUGGCAAACAUGAAGUGACGAAAUCACAACAAUGCUCUCUCUUUUGAUGCAGAAAUAUGUCAGCCUUGUAUCCCAGUGUGCCAGUUUGCUUGUGGUCUCGGGGGUGUUUUUCGUCAUCUCCUUCACUGCGGUCCUGAUCUUUCUGAGAUUGUGGGUCAGAUGGAGGGCCAAGUCCUUGUUACCACACUUGAGACAGGACAGCAAAGGGAGACGACUGGUGACAGUGGGAUUCUUCCACCCAUACUGCAAUGCUGGGGGUGGUGGGGAACGAGUGCUCUGGGUGGCCAUCAGAUCAUUGCAGAAGAAACACUCUAAUGUUAGCUGUGUGGUGUACACUGGUGACAUUGAUGCCAAACCAGAAGAAAUACUGGGUCGAGCCAGGCAAAGAUUUAACAUUGUGUUACCCAAACCUAUAGAGUUUGUGUACCUGAGAAGACGACAGUGGGUGGAAGCUUGUAAAUACCCCUAUUUCACACUCCUGGGACAAAGCCUCGGCUCUUUGUACUUAGGGUGGGAGGCGUUAAUGAACUUUGUACCUGACUUGUACAUCGACAGCAUGGGCUAUGCAUUUACCGUGCCACUGUUUAAAUAUUUCGGUGGCUCCAAGGUGGCUUGUUAUGUACAUUAUCCAACGAUCUCCACGGAUAUGUUACAGAAGGUGACAGACCGGACUCAGUCAUUCAACAAUGCAAGUUUCAUUGCCAGAAGUUCAUUUCUCAGCAGCUUUAAGCUGAUGUAUUAUAAAAUAUUUGCAUAUCUGUAUGGCGUUGCUGGGAAGAGGAACGACGUGGUGAUGGUCAACUCGACAUGGACCUUCAACCACAUUCAGGCGCUGUGGUCUGCAGGAAAUAGAACACAUAUAGUCUAUCCUUCAUGUGAUGUCUCCGAGUUUGUAAAAAUACCAUUAGAAAAGAGUUUAGUUUCUAAAGAAAGGACUAUGGUGUCAGUAGCACAGUUCAGGCCGGAGAAAAAUCAUUCCUUGCAGGUGAAAUCAUUUGCUAAGUUUCUGGAGACGGUGGAUAGUGAAUGGGGGAUGUAUAAGCUGGUGCUGGUGGGUGGGUGUCGGAAUGAGGGGGAUGCAGAGCGAGUGGAGGCACUGAGGGGACUGUGUAGAGAGCUGGGGGUGGAGAACUCCGUGGACUUUAAACUCAAUAUCAGCUUCGAGGAGCUGAAGAGCUGCAUGGCGUCAGCGGUGCUUGGCCUUCACAGCAUGUGGAAUGAACAUUUUGGUAUAGGUGUCGUGGAGCUUAUGGCAGCUGGGACGGUCAUUAUUGCCCACAACUCGGGUGGGCCGAAGCUGGACAUCGUCGUUCCAUUCAACGAGGAGCCGACAGGUUUCCUGGCUGAUGACGAGGAGUCCUACGUUGGCGCCAUGACGACAGUGUUCAGGAUGUCUGAUGAUGACAGGCUGAGGCUACGGAGCGUGGCUAGACAGUCAGUGUCCCGCUUCUCUGAUGAACAGUUUGAGAGGUCUUUCCUUGCUGUGGUGGAUCCGGUGUUGAAAUCCAUUGAAGACAAUGGUGGAAAAUAAGGCUACAAUAAAUUAAUCAUGGAUCUUCUAAAUAUUAAAAAAAUGUGAGGGAUGAGGCAUUUAUUUUUUUGUUUUUAUUUGGUCAAGGCAUCCGUGUUCAUUAACACGUGAAGCAUGAAUGUUUGAUUGGAUGACAAUGUGAACAUUGUUUAGUCUGAGGACAGUAUAAACAUUGUUUAGUCUGAUGAAGAUGUGAACAUUAUGAGUGUUGUUGAGCAUCAGAAUCUGUUAUUUAUUGCUUUGUUGACAUACACUUGAAUAAAGCUGUUGCAUCUAAUUGUUUACCGCUGUA